UGACUUUUGUCAUGAUGGCAUGCAACAAACAGACUGAAGACUUUGAAGAAGAGUUAUACUGUCCUAUUUGUCUGGAAACGUUUAAGACUCCAGUUAUACUUGACUGUGGGCACAAUUUCUGCGAGCACUGUAUCACGGUAUAUUGGAACAAGGCUAACAUUCUCUCUUGCCCUGAGUGCAGAUGUGAGUUUUCAACAAGAAAAUUUACAGUUAAUCGAAAAUUGGCUAGGCUGACUGAACUGAUUAUAAAACCGGAUCCAAAACCCGAGCAGGUGUGCAAGGAACAUGAGAAGAUUAGAGAAUUGUUUUGCAUGGAAGAUGAGACAUUGCUUUGUACUCUGUGUGUACCUAAACAUCAUGGUCACCCUAUUAUAACCCUGCCAGAAGCAAUGGGAACAUAUCAGGAAUUUUUGAAACAGGCCUCAAUUAAUAUGGAAUGCAUUCUGGAAGGUGCUCAAGAAGCAAAUGUAAAACAGGAGCAAGCAGUCACAGGCCUUAAUGAAUGCUCCCAGAAUCUGGAACACCACAUUACAUCAGAGUUUGCCAAGCUACAUCAGUUCCUUCAGGACAAGCAGCAGGAGCUGAUUGAACAACUGAAGGAGGAAACAGCAGGAAUUCUGAGGAAUAUGGAGGAAAACAGGAACAAAAUUUCUAAUAAGAGGGACACCAUUCAUAUAAAUAUAUCUACUAUUCGUUUACAGCUAGAGUCAAACGAUGCACUUCUUUUUCUUUUGGGAGUUAAGAAUGUGAUGAAAAGUAUCCUCACAUAUUUAGAUCCACAAAUUGAAGACUGUAUUACAGUGGUGAAAACUGAAUUGAAUCUAAAACUAUACAAGGAUCCACAAUUACUACAUAAUAUUUGGAAGGACAUGGGAUCUCUUUUCAAGCCAGUUAAGGGUCCUCCUCCUGAAGUGCCAAAGAAGACUACAACCAAAGCUUCUUUUAAGGGUCCUCCUUCUGAAGAGCGAAAGAGGAGUGCAACAGUACCUUCUGUUAAGGGUCCUCUUCCUGAAGUGCAAAAGAAGAGUGCAACGUUACCUUAUGCUCCAGAUAGACCAAUCACUCCUUCAGAAGAAGGUGUAAAAAGCCCCAAGUCCGAAAUUCCAGAUAGAGCAAUCACUCCUGUAGAACAAGUUGUAAAAAGCCUCAGUUCUGAAAUUCCAGCUAGAGCAAUCACUCCUGCAGAACAAGUUGUAAAAAGCCCCAAAUCCGAAAAACCUGUCUCAAAUGAUUCCAACCUUGAAAAGUUUUUUAAUUGGAUGUUUGGACCCUCACCGACCAAGGAUGAAGUGAAUGUUCACAGGGAAAAGGACACUGCAACAAGCCAACCUGAAAGUACGGAACCAGUGCAGAACAAGGAAAGAGCACAUUCUGCAGGUACCCCAAUCCACAUGGACAUUCUCCGUAAUAAACUGAUUCGGGAGAUAAAGCAAAAGCAAGAUGUAAAGAAAAUUCAAACAGAAAUCCAAGAGGAUAUCGCCAAGGAAAUUAACGCCAAUGAGGAGACUGGCAGAGACGCAAAAAAGCCAUUACUGGUGUAAUCAUUUGGCAAGAUGGUAAAGGAGAAAUAAAACAAAGGUUAGGGAAAGUAAUGAAUACAAGAAAUAGAAUACAUAGACAUUAUUUGGAAGCAUACCUGUCAGCUAUCCAAAUGUUCACAGAAUGUCCAGAUUCUUGCCUCAUAUUUUUGGUCUGUUCUUCUUACAAUUUGUGGUUUUCUGGCAAAUUACUGAGGAUUGAUGUAAUUAAACACCCACAACCAACAUGGCAACUCCCUCUAUUCCUACAAAAUUGCCAGACUAUGGAAAACACUUCCUCAGCCAAUCACACAAAACCUAAUUAUCAAGAAUUAAAAAAUAAAUUUUAAAACUCCACCUAUCCAAUCAUUGACUUUGUUCCUGCUAUUCUCCAGGAUCAUUUCAAACAGGCUCUAUUACUACAUUCAACUCUCAUUGUUUUCCCAUAUGCUGUAAUAAUGCGACAUAUUUUUGUUCACUAUUUAACUAUACUUCUGUAUACACAAUCUUCUCACUGUUAUUUGCACAUUUUCUACUGUGAUUGCAAUUAAAGUUGUAUUGACUGUAUUCUGUAAUUUUUCCAUGCUGCUUUUAGCCUACUUAGUAUCAUGUCAGUAUUAGAAGUUCCUAACUCUAACCCUGUAUCUUCUGUAAAGUAGUGGAUAUAUAUUCUGUAUGCUUAUAUUCUUACUUGUGGAGAUUUUCUUUCCAGGUCUCCACUGAAGACGAGCUCCUAGACUAGUCAGUCAUCACCCGGUUAACAAAUGCAAUAAAUACAAAUAAAUAAAAAUAAUUAAUGACAAAUAUUUGAGUUUCUGACUUUCAUAUAUUUCAGAAAAUACUUGCUACAAGAAAACCUGCUGUUAUUCUAGUAACUUUCUAGAGCACAGUAUAUAUCAAGCAUAUUUCACAUUAGAGUAAACUUCUCCGUUCAAAAGAAAAAAAAAGGCAGUGCCAAUGACAUUUAGCGACUAUAUUAUAUGAUUGAACUUUCAAAAGUUCGACUGUCAUAUGGU